AUGCGCAUAGCCAUGGAGCUGUUAUGUGCUGCCGCGGAUGCCAACAUACUGGAGAUCAGCCGAUCUCUUUCCCGGAUCACCAUGGCCGCGGUGAUGGCCACUAUUUCUGCCGAUUGUGACGACUCGUGGACACUGUUCUUUCGACCAGCGACUCUGUGGCACUUCCUGUCCAUCGCACAUGAUACUGCUGGCGGCAUCUCCGAAGCAGACGAAGCUGGAUCAACAGAUCCGGGGGCAACACUGCGCGCUCGUAGCUGGUUUACCAAUGCCUGGGCAUUGGCGUCGGAACGCAGCUCCCUGAGAUGGGAUGGGCCAGAGCUCGCGGUGUGCCCGGUGCAGCUGGAGCACGGUGCGACACUCUCCUGCCGCGGUCUGGAGCUGUCUGCAGCCAGUCGCCAUGUGCAAGUCCGCCGGGGAUUCUUGCGGUCGUGCAUGAGUGCGCUGAGAUAUGGCUUUGAGUCGAAGCCCGCCGAACUGGGCGCGGACUGCAGCAGCCGAACUCUGGUGAUGCUUCCCCAUGCGGACCUCGUUGGCCACCUGAUCAACGGCGUGCAGUGGUUUAUGAUGCUUAAGAAGGUCUGGGGCUUUUCUCAGCUUCACGCUCACUCCUUGGAGCGCCUGGAGCAGCGGGAAGGGGUGGCCGUCUACAAAGAGGCCAUGCUGUUCUGGAAAGGGGCCAGUGGUCGCCUUCAACGCGCUCUUAGUACUGACACACGGUUGCACUCGAGCCUCCGAGCUCAGUAUCGCCAUUCCCCAGAUCCGGUUCGUGCUUUGCCCGGAGCCAUGCGCGUUCUGGGCCUCUUCGCUGGCCUUGCAUCGGCGGCAGCAGUGUCGCCGAGUGUUUGUGGCAGCCACCCAGAGACAGUGCCGGACUGUGACAAGCCAGACAAGGGCUCUUGCGGUAAUGCAUGCUGCGUGGCAGAGCUCGCCCUUGCCAUGGAUCCGGCGAAGGCUUACGCACAGACCCUCGAUGUGUUGAAGGGCUUGCAGGACGAUGGCUUCAGCUAUGUUACGGGUGGCGACCCCAAUCCGGGAGAUGACCUCCGCCCGUACAACGUCUCGAAGCCGAAGCCCUUCAAAUUCAUUUUCCAGGGCCGGCAUGAUGCUCCCAAGUACAAGGGCCCCAACGCCGACAUCUUGGACUUUGCAAUCUACGAAUCCGGCUCCGGUUCCGUUCUGCGGAUGUACUCACUAAGCCGGAUCCAUGGUGCUUUGGGCGACGCAGGCCAGAAUUACAAGACACUGGCUUUCCUUUCGCAGAAGCUUACCUCCAACAAGCCCACUCCUGUGCAUGGUUGUGGACUUCCGGCGGCAUCUUCCCCAGCGUCCAUUCAGCGUGGGGGUUUCUUCGAUCUCGCAAUGCAAGCUUCCUCAAGCGUUUGUGGACCCUCUCCGUCGAAGGUUCCAGAUUGCGACAAACCAGACAUGGGUUCCUGCGGCAAUGCAUGCUGCCUGGCAGAGCUCGCCCUUGCCAUGGAUCCGGCGAAGGCUUACGCACAGACUCUCGACGUGUUGAAGGGCCUGCAGGAGGACGGCUACAGCUACGUUACGGGUGGCGAUCCCAAUCCAGGAGAUGACCUCCGCCCGUACAACAUUACUGAGCCGAAGUCCUUCAAGUUCAUCUUCCAGGGCCGGCAUGAUGCUCCCAAGUACAAGGGCCCAAACGCCGACAUCUUGGACUUUGCAAUCUACGAAUCCGGCUCCGGUUCCGUUCUGCGGAUGUUUUCGCUGAGCCGGAUCCACGGUGCUCUGGGCGACGCAGGCCAGAAUUACAAGACACUGUCUUUCAUGGCCGAAAAGCUGGAUGCAUCGAAGAAGCCCGUCCCGAAAUAUGGCUGUGGCUUGACGAAUGCGCACGUGGAAAUCUUGUUGUGA